GCAGGGUGCUAUCUGUGGACAUGAAAAGUGACAGGACCAGCUGGGGUAUGAAAUCCAGUAAGACAGGCAGUUGGUCCGGGAGACGCAGACCACGAGCCCCCACAGUGCUCAGUUACAGCAGCCGGCAACUCAACUCGGUUACAAAAACCUCAGCCAGGAUUCAGUGUUACCACUGCCAAAUAUCAGGAGUUCUACAACAACCUGUAGCACUGAUCAUGUUCUGUGUGGCUCGAUCAAGAACCCUGGAGAUCAAUCGGCAGUCAUUAUCCUUAGCAAUUCUCCCAUUGUUGGUGAUUCAGCUAAUCGCAUGCUAAAAUCUUGUUGUAGGCAAUAGUAUCAACAGCACUGCAUAGAACAUGGGUGGGAAGCAAUCUCGCGGUUUCUCCAACAAGGAGCUAAAUGAGGUGAGUGUUAGUCAAAGGAGGAAGAGUGCUGGGAGAGACGAUCAGCCCAGCCUGUCCUCAGCUGCUGAAAGGAUCCGCAGACACACCAUGGUGCACUUUGGCUACAGCACCCUGAACCUGGCUAUGCAGGCACUUGAUGAGACCCCCUCUGAGCUGUGGGAGCUCCGAGAACUGCAGAAGCUAAACUUGUCCAUGAACUGCCUGUGCUCUCUGCCCCCUGCCCUGGGCGCUCUGGACAAUCUGGUGAUCCUAAACUUGUGGGGUAACAACCUGUCUAGCCUGCCGCCAGAGAUCAGCCUCCUGAAGAAGCUACGUGUGCUCUUUGCCUGUCGUAACCGCCUGAGUGAGGUCCCCGAGGAGCUGGGUUCCUGCACCUGCUUAGAGGUGCUGAGCCUGGCAAACAACCAGAUCACAGGCCUACCAGGCAGUUUGGCAGCCAUGCACAAUCUCACCAAACUCAACCUGAGCCACAACCACAUCGCACACAUCCCCACCUGUGUCUACAGCAUGAAGGGCCUGGUCUUUCUCCACCUGGCAUGCAACCGUCUGGAGACCAUUGCGGACCAGAUCCAGGACUUGGUUAACCUGAAGAUCCUCAUUGUGGAGGGAAACAGUAUCCACACAUUACCUAAGACACUGUGCUUCCUGGAGUCUUUAGAACUCCUCAAUGUUGAUUUCAAUGACCUGCAAAAUGUGCCAAUGGAAUUGUACCUACUGAGCAGGCUUGGAAGGUUGGCCUGCCACCCGCUGGAUAAAGGACUUCAUAUUGUCCACAACCCCCUCCUCAAGCCUAUCCAGGAGGUGCUGCAAGGAGGACUCAGUGCCCUCUAUAACUACCUCAAGCCCACGUGAGGGACUACCAGUGUGUGUGUGUGUGUGUGUGUUUGUGUGUGUGUGUGUGUGUGUG